CUGCUUGGACGUAGACCGCCAAGACGAUCUGAAUCCUCGCAAAGAAAAAAACCUGCUCCCACGCGGGUCGCGAGGAGAUCAAACAAGUCUCUGCACCGGAGCAGGAACCGAGAGAGAGAGAGAGAGAGAGAGUCCACUGCCCGUCUUCCCCUGAGCUCCUUCGCCGGCGAACGCCCAAAACUCCGCAUGGAGAUCCUCCAACAAGGAAUGGAACAGGCAGCAGAAUACGCGGACCCCUGCCUCUGCCCCUUGCUCAACGGACGCCGCCCCAUCGCCGUCUCCCGAUUUCAGCGCCACCCCGUCGCCGUCUUCCCUAUUUCACCGCCGCUGGCUUCCGAUUUCGCUGCCGCCCGUGCACCAACACCACGGUCGCCGUGGCCAACACACUCACUGAUUCAGCUGUGCCCGCCGCUCACGCUCCAGGAGCCUGUGUUCGUCGCCGCUGGCAUCUGGAUGCGGUGGCCUGCUCUUGCUCUGUCUCUGCUCUUGGGGUUCCCCCGGCAUCGCGCUCCGGCUUGCUGUGUGCGGCGAAGGCGAUGGCAUGAGCGAAUUGACAAUUUGGCAGUGUUUCUGUGAAGUUCCUGGCACUAUGUCGAUGUUCCCGGGGAUGGAUCUUACGAAAAUGGAUCCUCCAACUCUUACCCUCCUUGGAGCAGCUUGUUGUGUAAUGUUGUCUAUGCAUUUCACAGUACAGCUGGUAUCACAGCAUCUUUUCUAUUGGAAAAAUCCCAAAGAGCAGAAGGCUAUACUCAUUAUAGUGCUGAUGCCUCCAUUGUAUGCUAUAACUUCCUUUGCUGGUCUUCUGGAUAUUAAGGGAAGCAAAACAUUUUUUACAUGCUUGGAGUCUGUUAAAGAAUGCUAUGAAGCACUGGUUAUUGCUAAGUUUCUGGCAUUGAUGUACAGCUACUUAAAUAUAUCUAUCAGUAAAAACAUUGUACCUGAUGAAAUCAAAGGGAGGGUGCUUCAUCAUUCUUUCCCUGUUUCUCUUUUCCUGCCCCGUAAUGUUCGGUUGGAGCACAAGACACUUAAGCUUCUGAAGUACUGGACCUGGCAAUUUGUUGUUGUUAGGCCAGUAUGCUCCAUUCUGAUUAUUGCACUUCAGCUUCUUGGGUUGUACCCCAGCUGGGUCAGCUGGACCUUCACAAUUAUACUUAACUUUUCAGUCUCCAUGGCAUUAUAUGCCUUGGUCAUAUUCUAUCACUUGUUUGCUAAGGAGCUGGCACCUCACAAGCCUCUUGCUAAGUUCUUGUGCAUCAAAGGGAUAGUCUUCUUCUCUUUCUGGCAGGGCUGUGCGUUGGAUGUUUUGGCUGGUGUAGGGGUCAUUCAAUCUCACCAUUUCUGGCUGGACGUGGAGCACAUCCAGGAGGCAAUCCAGAAUGUGUUGAUUAUCCUGGAAAUGGUCAUUUUCUCAGUUCUCCAGCAGUACGCGUAUCACGUUGCUCCGUACAGUGGCGCUGACAAGGCAAAAUUCGAGAAGAAGAAUGAAUGAUCCGCCAAGCAACAUAAGCAGCUUGUUCUUGUAUGGUUUUGUGUGUAUGUGCUGGGAAUAUGUUAUAGACAUGGGUACUUCCUUAUGGGCACGUGUAGAGUGAGCCGUUAUACUUUGAACAUUAGGGAAACGAGAUGAUCAGGAAGAUAGAGGAAUGACACUGUUAUCUGCGCUGUGAAACUAUGUAACGCCCGAAUAAGGCGAAUUUUGGGGGUUUUUCCGCUCCAACGUGGAGUCCUGAAUAAAUGUUGGUUUCGUGCUGAAA